AUGGCCGGCCGAAGGGUCAGCUUUGUGUGCUGGGCUCUAUGCUUGGGGCUCCUCUGGUACGGUUCCCUCGCGCAGCUGGACUUUGAGCAGAGGCGACCUAGCGUCCGGGGAGGGCACCGCCGGUUCCGCGACCAGAGCGAGUGCCGCCUGCGGGAGCUACAGGCCCAGGAGCCCGCCCACCGGGUCGAGUCCGAGGCGGGUGUGAGCGAGUACUGGGACGCCGACGAUCAGCAGUUCGACUGCGCUGGCGUGGCCGCCGUCCGUCACACUGUCCAGCCCCGCGGCCUCGUCCUGCCCGAGUUCUCCAACUCCCCGCGCCUCGUCUACAUCGUCCAAGGUGCGCAUGCAUGCCCAUGCCCCCCUCUCUCCCUCCUUCCUCUCUUCUUCGUGGACGACUCAAGAUCAUGCCGCCUGCUGCGCAGGCUCGGGGAUCACGGCGGCGGUCGUCCCGGGCUGCCCCGAGACGUUCCACUCCGUCGAGCAGCCCCAGCGUGAGAGACGGGAGGAACGCCCCGGCCAGCAGCAGGCCUCGCGUUCCUCAGAUCAGCACCAGAAGAUCCGCCGCUUCCGCCAGGGAGACAUCCUCGCUCUGCCCGCCGGAGUCACCCACUGGUGUUACAACGACGGCGACACCCCGGUCGUCGCCGUCACUGUGUUCGACACCAGCAGCUACUCCAACCAGCUCGACCGCAAUCCCAGGGUAAUAUAACGGGCCUUCCUUAUCAGCCGAUUCUGUUCCGUCUCUGCGAUUUCAUCUUCCCCAGCGAUCAGCUCGCUGAUGGAGGUUGUGUUGGUCUUGUGCACGCACGGACGACGACGACGACGGGGGGAUGGACAGAAAUUCUUUCUGGCGGGGAGCCAACGGAGGGAAGGAUGGCAGCAGGAGCGCCAGACCGAAAGGGAGGAGAAGGCCGGCGGCAACAUAUUUAGCGGCUUCGACGACGGCCUCUUGGCGGAGGCUUUUGGCGUGAGCCGCGAGGUGGUGAGGAAGCUCAAGACCGCGGACGACAAGCGGGGUACCAUAGUCCGAGUGGAGAGGGGCCUCGAGGUGGUCGGGCCGCGGAGGGGGCGGGAAGAGGAGGAGAAGGAAGAACGGAGGCGAGAGGGUGAGGAAGAAAGGAGGAGGGAGGACAACGGCCUGGAGGAGACCCUCUGCAACGCGAGGCUCAGGGAAAACAUUGGUGACCCCGUCAAGGCCGAUUUCUACAGCCGAGAGGGCGGCCACAUCGCCACCCUUAACAGCCAGAAGCUCCCCGUCCUCAGGCUCCUCCAGUUGAGCGCCGAGAAGGGUCGUCUCCGCAGGGUGAGCCAACUGCGAACCCACCCUCCUCCUCAGCUCUUUGAUCCCCGUCUCUGGGCUCAUGUUUGCCUGUUCCUGCAGAACGCCAUCCUCGCCCCGCACUGGAAUAUCAAUGCCCACAGCGUCAUCUACUGCACCCGCGGCGCCGCCCGGAUCCAGAUAGUCGGCGCGGGGCAGCGCGCGCUCUACGACGGCGAGAUCCGGAGGGGGCAGAUCCUGAUCGUGCCGCAGGGGCACGCGGUGGUGAAGCAAGCCAAGGACGAGGAGUUCGAGUGGGUGUCCUUCAAGACCAACGACAACGCCAUGGUGAGCCCUCUGGCCGGCCAGACCUCCGUCUUCCGAGCCAUCCCCGAGGACGUGCUGGCCAACGCCUACCGCUUCUCCCGUGAGGAGGCUCGGCGGCUCAAGUUCAACCGCGACCACGAGACGCUGCUGCUCCGCCCCCUGUCCCAGGAGAGGAGGGCGUCCGCCUGA